AUGAAAACUACCAUUAAAAAUUAUAUUAAAAGUUGUUUAAAAUGUCAAAAGUUUAAUAUUGAACGUCGUAAAGGUCCUGGUUUAUUACAUCCUGUAGAAGCACCAUCUGGUCCUUUCCAGUUAAUUGGUAUUGAUUAUACAGGUCCUUUUCCAACAACACCUCAACGAAAUAAAUAUGUCUUAGCAAUUACUGACUAUUUUACCAAAUGGGUUAUUGCUAUUCCUUUACCAAAUCAAACAGCCCGAACAACAGCUGAAGCUUUAUAUGAACACUAUAUAUGUAUUUAUGGUGUACCAAUGAGAAUUCUUUCUGAUCAAGGUUCGCAUUUCAAUAAUGAAUUGAUGGUUGCAUUUACUCAAUUAUUAGGUUGUCAUCACAUAAAAUCAACUCCGUAUCAUCCACAAACAAAUGGUGCUAUUGAGAGAUUUAAUGCAACCUUUGAACGUCAAUUAGCAAAAGUAACUGAUCAACAAAUUAAUGAUUGGGACAUUCAUCUGAAAUCAAUAACGUUUGCGUAUAAUACAGGACAGCAUGCGACAACAAAACUUUCACCAUAUCAAUUACAAUUUGGUCGAAAUCUUACAUUACCACCUGAUAGACCAAGAAGAUAUUACGAAUUUUCGAAACCAAAUGAUUAUUUUCAUUAUUUUAAACAAACAUUGAAGAUUUAUUAUAAAUAUGCCAUCAUGAACAGCAAACAACAACAGCAAAUCUAUAAGAAAUAUUUCGAUCAUAAUCGUCCUGAUAUCCACUAUUCAACUGGUGAUCAAGUAUUAAAACGAAUUUCAAUUAAUCGUUCAAAAUUAGCUACACUUUAUUCUAAUCCUAUGACGGUUAUUAAAGAAAUGCACCCGACUUACUUAAUCCAAGAUCCAACUGAGAAAAAAAUUUAUCAAGUUCAUGUAUCACAAUUACGUACUUGUAAUUCAAAUUAUAUACAGUAA